AUGAUCGCCGACCGCUUCCAGAACGGCGUCCAGGCAUCGCCCACGCUCUUUGUCGACCGCCGGCCCACAACGCCGACCAGCCCGGGUCGACUCGACCGGCUCGACGAGAAGCGCAUGACGGUCGACGCCAUCAUCGAUCGGGCCCAAGGCGUCGAGCAGCAGCUGAGCCUGUCGCUGAGCAAGAGCCCGCUCGACGUGUUGCUGACGCCGCCCGACGAGCUCGACGACGAUGACGACGAUGAGGUCUCGGUCAGCGAUAGCGGCCUCGAGUCUGUGCUGUCGACGCGUACCGUCUCGCUCGAGUCCAUGCCGUCACUCUCCGACUCUGUCGCCACCGGCACCGUCUCGUCGCUGAACUCGCCCUGCUCUCCCCAUCGCGGUGCCGGUUGCAGGGCCCGGCCAAAACACCGUUCGCUCACCCCUGUAUCUUCGCCACCCGGAAAGCGCGAGCUGCAUCCACUCGCGUUCAAUACUGGCAGCGACAGCAACAGCGACGACGACGUGGACGAGCUGGACUUCCGCGUCUUCCACCCGUUGCCCGACGCCCUGGCCAAGACGGCCGCCGAGACUCGCUCACCGCUGCAACCGCUUCGCUCGGCCUUCAAAUCCAAUCUGACCGCGUCUCUGCGUGCCUUGCGCAAUGCCGCCCGUUCCUUCUCGACCCUCAACCUGACCUCCGUCCCGCCCGAGAACUUUUUGACCCGCUCCAUCCUCACCAUCGAUCCGCACAUCCCCUACACCGACGAGCGCAGACCGCCGCCACUGGAGGAGGAGCCUAGUCCGGCCCUUCGUCGCUACCUCAAUCCCACCUCGAGUGCGCGUAUCGAUUCGCGCCAGCCCAUCACACCGCAGGCCUUGUCGCCCGCCCUAGCCUCUGCGUCACUGUCGCCGUCACCAGGGACUGUCGCUCUGCUGUCCUCUGUCUUGGGGCCGAACGAAAACGCCACAUCCGAUCGUCCGGCCUUUACAGCCUCCAUCCAGAUGCACACAUACAAGGUGCAUCGCUCCCGGAGUUUGUCGGCUGCGUCGGCAUCGGCUGCGCCUCCGGCUUCGACCUCGACCUCUCCUUCUCGCUCGUCGACCGCAGCCGGCCCUUCCGGAAGCUCGGCUCGAUCUCUACCGGCCACAGACGAGCGGCCUUUUCCCGGCCCGCGCCAGCGCGAGCUGCGCGAGAACUCCGACUUUAUUCGUGUUGCCGUCAUGGAGAUGGCCAUGCGCAGGUUGGGCAAGCUGGACGACCGGCGACCUGGCCGCGCCCGCCUGGCUCUCCCACCGCGUAAGGCCAGCACCCGGCCCUAUGUCAUCGGGGCCAAUGGGGUGCCGGCUCGCUGGGUUGGCACCACUGUGGAUGGCCUGUCGUGGUGA